AUGUCAGACACUGAAUCGGACACCGCGAGCUCGGUCGGCAGCAUCGUCGAAGACGCAAGCGAGCCGGAUACGACUACUUUCAAAGAUCUAUUUUCGGAUCGACAAUGGACUCGUGUGUCGGACAUGGUAGAGCACAACAAAACCGAAAAUGGAUUUGAUCUGCCGGCAACGAUCAAAGGACUUGGACCAGACGCGGACGAGAUCACCAUCAUCAAGCUGAUCAACUACCUCCGAUCAGAAGCACAAAAAGGCACAGAUCCCAAGAGUAUCAAAGUAACUCUAGACGAUCUUACAAGCGACAAAUACCUACAGCCAGUAUUGGAAGAUGACGCCUUACUCUUUGAACUUGGAGAUCUCAUGCCAGAUGACGACAGCAAGGCCAUCGACUACGACGAGUAUGAAGCGAAGAUGCACAAGGACAUGCAAGAAGACUUCUCCAAGAUCAAGCUCACCAACGAUCGGGACCAGGACUACUUCGAGUCGUACAAGGGCAACAGCAUCCAUCGUGAGAUGAUCGAGGAUCGCGUACGAACAGAAGGGUACCGUGACUUCAUCGAGAAGAAUGCCGAGGUCUUUGCUGGAAAGACUGUGCUUGACGUUGGAUGCGGUACUGGUAUCCUCUCCCUCUUCUGCGCACGCGCAGGCGCGAAAAAGGUGUUCGCAGUCGACAACUCUGGCAUCGCAGUCCGCGCGAAGGAGAUCAUCGCGAAGAACGGGUACCAGGACCGUAUUGAACUGAUCCAAGGCCGCGCUGAAGACUUCAAUACCCAGCGGUUGAUAGGCAAGGAGAAGGUCGACAUCAUCAUCUCGGAAUGGAUGGGCUACGGUCUCCUCUUCGAAGGCAUGUUGGAUUCGGUCCUGCGCGCACGGGAUAUGUACCUCAAGCCUGACGGCAUCAUGGUACCAUCCCACUGCAACAUCCGCCUCGCACCAAUCUCAGAUGCCGACUGGAUAGCAGACAGCACGAGUGAGAAGUUCUGGAAAGACAUUUAUGGCUUCGACUUUUCACCCAUGAUCCCAGGCGGUCUGCUCAAUACACACGAAAUUGGUGUCUUUGACGUGCCCGAGAAGGCGCUCUGCGGCACUGCGACAAGCCAUCUGCUGGAGAUGAAGACUGUAUCGGUGCAAGAUCUGAGCUUCAAGGUGCCUCUUCGCAUGACACUCGACCGCGACAUCACAUCUCUUCAGGCCAUUGCGAUAUGGUUUGACACGAUCUUCAUUCACCCUGGCAGCUCCCAGGAUGUCAAGACGCUUGACAACGUUGACUGGGGUAUGAACGGUAUCCCGGGCUUGGGCUUCUCGACGGGUCCAAGCAACACACCUACACAUUGGCAUCAGGCAGUACUGCUGCUCGAUCCAGAGGUCGCAGACAAGCAAGCAUACAAGAAGGGUACGGUAUUGGAGGGAAGCCUGACGUAUGCGAAGGAGAAGGGCGAUGAUCGCGGUAUUACCGUGACGGUGGAGUGGAAAGGUAAGGGUGAGCAGGGUGAAGUUGAAGGAAAGGUCUACAUCUCCGGUAACGCGCUGAUCAUCCUCGAUCGACCCAACCACGUCCUCCAAACCAUCUACAUCGACGAGGAAUUCGACCUUGAGGCAGUCGCGAUCGACGAGGGCACCGGCAAGCUCGCGGCAUGUUCGACGCGACACAUAUACAUAUACCGGCCAUACGGGCAAGAUGAAGGCGCGAUCAAGUGGUCGCAACAGGGCAGCACGUCCCUGUCUGACGCCGAUGACACGAUAACGACUCUUUCAUGGGGCAUGCCAGAUGAAUUGCUCGUCGGCAGCGCAUCCCUCACCCUCUUCAACACCCACAGCGACAUCGAACGGAUAUGGACAAAGCAGCUAGCGAACCCCGUCAAGUUCGCGCACUUCUCGCCCGAUGCCGAGUUAAUAGCUUCGACGGGCAGGUACGACCGCCUCCUCAAGAUAUGGCGACGCACAUCCUUCGGUUCGGCGGAUCAGAGCUUCGACUACUUCUACCUCCCACACCCCAAGGCCAUCACAGGCUUGCAUUGGCGGCACCCGUACCACAAAGACCAGUCCACGGACAACGUACUAUACACAAUAUGCGCGGACCAGAAGGUGCGAGUCUGGGUACCAGGAGAGCAUCACGGCGUAGAUGGCAUGCACAUGUGGGCCGAGGUGGACCUCGUCGAGUCUAUAAUGUCACGCCAUGUACCACUGGAGCAACAGUCGAAGAAGCGAUAUGCCUUCUUCAUCGACGGCAAACACUUUACGCACGCGACGGAAAGAGCGAUGCAACAGGCUUCGGCAGAAGAGAAAGACCACGGCAUCGCGCUGCAUCACCUGAUAGAAGUCGCGAACCGCAACCCGGAGAUAUGCGUUGUGCUGGAUGAUAGAGGCAACAUGUCUGCGUGGGGUUUUGAGAACGUAGGGGCAAAACAGAAGAAGGUCACCGACGUCUUCAAUAUUGCGCAUGUCGAUGGACUGCAUCUGCACUUCGCCAAGGAACCAAAGCCCAUUGAGGACAAUGUACAAUUCUACGCAUUCAUCGGCGACAAACCCGACUCCGAGUUGACCCUGCUAUCGCAUCACUUUGACGGGCGCAUCGAGUGGCUAGAGUCGCGCAUCGACUAUCUGUUCGACCCUUCUUCACAGCCACAGCGCAUUCAGCGCAAGGCUAUGUGGACGGGACACUCGCAUGCCAUCAAGAAGGUCAACCGCACAGCUAGCGGAAGAGCAUUGGUAUCGCGGACCACGACAGAUGAAUGCAUUGUAUGGCUACAGCGGCAGAGCGAUCAGGGCAUGACGUUACAUCGACACUGCAGCGUCAAAGUGACGGAGCACAUCCAUCGUACUGCUCUUUUACAAGAGGGUAACUUCAUUGUCUUCCUACAUCAUGACGAGAUCUCGCUUUGGGAUACCCGUGGUCAUGAAGCCGUUGAGAUGACACGGCUCGCAUACAAACUCCAAGGCAAACCUCUGUGUCUGCUAGUGAUACCCGAGGUCGAAGUUGGCGGACAGCGCAUACACAUCGCCACUAUUAGUUCCGAGAUGAAAGGCAUCUGCUGGGAGGUCACACUACCAAAACCGGAGCGAGAUGCAUCUGCGGGUGAGGAACAGCCCGUCAUCACGCAAACCAAUGGCUAUAUCAACGGUCAUUCAGAGAUCACUCUCAAAGAGUUCUCCACAUUCAACCUUGGGUCUGGCGACGACCUUGCCUUUGUACUGCCUGUAGACCCCGCUGGCACAGCACCCGUCAUCUCGGGUUUCCUCGACACCUUUGCGCGAGACAUAGCCAUCUCAUACACGAAAUCCGGAAUCAUCAAGUCCUGGACUGCGCGCGUCAACGUCGAAGACCGAAGACUGGACUGGCUGUUGACUUCAGAGGUCGAGACUGGCGUCAAGAAUCCAUCACUUGCUAGUGGCACGUCGAUACGUAAGGCUGCGUUGGCCGAUGCUGAUCGAACUACGCUCACUAUAUGGAAUACCCGAAGCGCCCAGUUGGAACAUGAAGAGACAUUCGAAGGCAGCGGAAUCAUCCAGGAUCUCGACUGGUCUUCUACUCCCGACAACCAGUCCAUACUUGCUGUUGGCUUCCCCCACCGUGUCGUCAUCUACGCCCAGCUGCGAUACGAUUACCUCAAUGCCGGUCCAUCCUGGGUACAGAUCAGUGACGUGCGCAUUCGCGACAUCACGCCACAUCCGAUCGGCGAUUCAGUAUGGCUAAGCAGUGGUAAUCUGGUCAUUGGUGCAGGCAACCAGCUGUUCAUUCAAGAUGAGCAUGUCCAGGUGUCCGAAGGGCUAUUUCCUAGCUUACGUACCAUCUCACGGAAGACAGCAUCUAUCGACAUAUUCGAUGCGGUUAGUAGACUCAACGGUCCUCUACCUGCGUACCAUCCCCAAUUACUCUCACAAUGCGUCUUGGCCGGCAAGUUACUACUGGUGCAGCGUAUCCUGAUUAGGCUUUACACUACACUCAAAUUUUGGAUCGAAGGCGAAGAGCUUGACAGCUCGCUGGGAUUCGCACCUGAAGACUUCUCAGAAGCUGAGACUCAAAUGACUGCAUCUCGAAAAGAGGUGCAUUCAUCAUACGCCGAUUUCUCUGACGAUAGCGAGCCUGAAGCAGUCACCGAAGAAGUCACCUCUAGCCUCAAAGAGCUUCUGACUACUAAGCGGAUACCGCUCUUGACCAGUCGCGAACAGUUUCGCUUGGCCGAUAUCAUCGAGUGUAUUGGAAUGGUAGAGAAGCAUCGUCGAUCCAUUGACGAUAACGCUGGCCGCUUCUUGCUAUUCUUCCGACAACAUGUCCUCAGUGAAACGCACAAGGGCCCCAUCUCGUGGCGCGAGAUUAUCUGGGCGUUCCACUCAGGAAGUCAAGAUAUCCUUGUCGACCUUGUUAGCAGACAUUUUAGCGGAAAGAUGAUGUGGCAACACGCAAAAGAGUGUGGAGUGUUCAUGUGGAUGUCCGACAUCAACGCAUUGCGCGCCCAAUUUGAGGUCAUCGCUCGGAACGAGUACACGAAAACCGACGAAAAGAACCCCGUCGACUGCGCCCUAUACUACAUGGCCCUCCGGAAGAAGCCAGUUCUAGUCGGUCUUUGGCGAAUGGCUACUUGGUCGAGAGAACAGGGCGCGACCCAUCGACUACUAUCGAACAACUUUAACGAAGACCGCUGGAAGACCGCUGCUCUCAAGAACGCGUAUGCAUUGAUGGGCAGGAGAAGAUUCGAGUAUGCUGCGUCGUUCUUCCUACUUGCAGAUCAUCUACAAGACGCUGUCAGCGUUCUCCAUAAUCAGCUUGGUGAUACCCAGCUCGCAAUAGCAGUCGCCCGCGUCUACGGUGGUGACGACUCGCCCAUCUUGCUGGACUUCUUGAGAGACAAGAUUCUGCCCCAAGCUGCUAGAGAGGGCAACCGAUGGCUCGCAACAUGGGCAUACUGGCUAUUGAACAAAAAGGAUAUGGCCGUCCGCUCGCUAGUCACACCACUGACGACCCUACUUGAGACCACCGAACCGCCCAGUUCAGCCGCUAAAUCGUACCUCACCGACGACCCCGCCCUGGUAGUCCUGUACAAACAACUCCGCGAGAAGUCGCUUCAAACAUUACGUGGAGCCACAAUGAUAGGCAUGCGCGAAGAGUGGGACUUUGUGCUACACACAGCUGGGCUAUACGACCGCAUGGGCUGCGACGUCCUAGCCCUCGAUCUAGUCAAGACAUGGGAGUUCCUACUGCCACCACCACCAACAAAAGCAACGUCCGGCCGUCCACCGCUAAGCCCCUCGAUGCCACGACAAAGCUAUCAAUCGCAAGGAAGAAAUCAAUCUGCGACGGACUUCGACUUUGAUCCCAGGAAAUUGCUACGCAGGAGGAGCUCGCUUGUUAUUGCCGAUUUACCGGUACGAGAGCAUGCUCAUAACGAUUUGGCGGAAAGCAAGGGCACGCUGGAGGAAAGUAGGGAGAGUGAUGAAGAGGAUGGCGAGGAGGAUGGUGAAGAAGAGGGGGAGCAAGAGGAUGAAGAGGAUAAGAAGAAUGAUGAGAAGCCUAAGGAGGAGCCGAAGAAAAAACCGCCGCCGACUCAGUUCAAUGAGCCGGAUGCGAAUAGUUUGUUGGAUGCUUUCGGGUUUUAG